AACAGAUGCAGGAGCGAGUUUUAUUAACAAAUUUGCUGUGUUAUUUUUCAGUGUGUGAUGAUCUAAAUUUCUUGAUGUAUCACUCAUAACUCCACUCUGAGGUCUGACAGCACUUGUGGAUUGCCAUUACUAACAGUUCCGUGGAGGAUGGACACAUAUUAGCGCUAUAAUAUCUGUGAGAGUAUAUAAUCGUUAUUAACUUUGUCUUAUUGGAAUGCCCCGAUCCUUUCUCAUUAAGAAAGAAGAGGACAACAUGAGUGAUACAACAGUUGACCCACUACACCGAAGUGCCUUUACCAUAGUCUCCCCGAAAAGAAAAGACCUGUCUAGCGAUUCCGGCAUGCGGUCACCAUCACCAACACAUUCGUCAAAGUCUACGUCAUCACUUUCUCCUGGAAGUGGAUCCAUGUCGGACCAAACGGAAGACAAUCACCAAGGGCAGAUAGGCCAGUCGUCACUAGAGGGACCCAACUUCAACGCAUUCAGACCUUGGCUGUGUGAACCGAUUAAAAAACAAGCACACACGAACAAAACCCCAUCAUGUAUAAAUGUGCCCUCACACGCGGCCCUCCAGAACGUUCUGAAGACUGCCACCAUGUCCGAUUUAUACCGAUACCAGUUUGCGCAAGUCUUUUACCGCUCUCCACUCUUUUCGUACGGACAGGCGUCCUUCUGGACAGAUCCACGCAUUUACCGUUAUUUGGGGCAACGGAAGGACAUAGCUAACCCGUUCCUGCCGAAUAUGAUGAAGUAUUCAGAGGAGGGCGAGGUAACAGGUGUAGCCAAAGGUUCCUUUGAGUGUAUGAAGUGUUUGAAGCAGUUCAGCACCCCACAUGGACUUGAGGUGCACGUACGGCGGUCCCACAGCGGACGACGGCCGUACGCAUGUGAAGUGUGUAACAAGACGUUCGGACACUCGGUCAGUCUGACCCAACAUAGGGCGGUGCACACACAAGAGAAGAGCUUCCAGUGUCAGCAGUGUGGGAAGAGCUUCAAGCGGUCGUCCACUCUGUCUACACACCUGCUCAUUCACAGCGACACUCGCCCCUACCCCUGUCCUUACUGCGGAAAAAGGUUUCACCAAAAGUCCGACAUGAAGAAACAUACAUACAUUCACACAGGAGAGAAGCCAUACAAAUGCACACACUGUGGAAAGGCCUUUAGUCAGUCAUCCAACCUCAUCACACACUGCCGUAAACAUACGGGGUUCAAACCCUUCUCCUGCGACAAGUGCGGUCGCUCUUUUCAACGCAAGGUUGACUUCCGACGCCACCAGGAGACUCAACACACAGAAGAAAGUGUACCAGUGGAAUCAGUAGCAACAGUUCCGAGUCUGUCUCCGCAGCACGUGACCGGUCUGUGAGGGCGAGUUGUCCCACUGGUAAUGAAGGUUCUUUAAUACCGUGACAUGGCGCGUAAGAAGGCAGCAUUUAGAAGAGCGAUGGGUCAACUUGGGAUGGUUCAACUUUCCAAUUCCUAUUACCCCGUACGCAUGUUCUAAUAAACGAAAACAAUUUGUCAACUACCAGAGUUGUUCAAUAGCGGAUUUGUUCAGUGGAUUCAGCGUGUUUUGACUUUUUAACUCGUGAUACUACAUUACCAUGGUAACUACAGUAAUGGACAGACAUUGAUGAUGGGAUCACUGGCGUUACGUAAAUGCACGUGAGUGCUGUGAGAAGUGCUAUAAAUAAGUGUUAUGGACGGCCCAGAUGUUACUUGUUAAAGACAGAACAAUUCAGUAAUCGCUCAACUUAACAAAGACUGUUCCUAAACGUGUUGAGAUGUACUGUUCAUUAAAAUAUUCCAUAUUAAGUUAUUGAUACUGUUAUUGAAAUUUAUUCCAUAAUUUAUAUGACGACGGGUGUCCGAACGUGUUUUAGUGUUACGUGUGGCAUAGUCAUGCGCAUUCUGUGAUAAAUGGCAGUUUUAAUAAUUCAUUUUCUUUUUCAUUUGUGUCAUCAUAUUUUAGGAAUAGUCUUUUUACAUCUUAAUGACAUUUACACGCUAUACCUUUAUGAAUUUAUUACUGAUUAAAGCGAUUAUCUAAAGUACCCAGUCAGAAAUGCUUGAUGUUUAGGGAUUGGUAUUGAGGUAUAGCGCGAGUUUCUAUGUUCCAUAUAAACCUGGUGAGGAUACCAUGGUUUAACUCUGCACGGGUGUGGGCAAAUUCAUUAGUUUGUAUUGGUCCGUUUUAGAUAACUGGAUGUUUUGAGUGAGAAGAAAGUUCUGCUAUAAAAAAAACACAAUAAAAAUGGAUGUUGAAACUUUUUUGCCUCUUAGUCAGAAAAAAAUUCCUUGAACCUGUUUCUAAAUUUUGACACCACAUAACCGAUACACAAGUAAUAAGUAUUUUGAAAUUCAGCUUUCUGCAUGACUUUAUUUUGGAAAUGAUAUUCCGUAUCAUUAAAUCAUAACGACUUCUUCCUACCCGUUUUGUUGUUGAUGAUACAUGCUAUAUCAAAGGAUAAACUGUGUACAUGAAUGCUAUCGAGCGAAUUGAUUACCUAAAUGUAUCAUUGAUACACAUAGUUCUCGGAUUACAAUCAAACUCACUCAACUUUUGUUUAUGCAAUUUUACAUGUCAUUGUUUAUUAGAAAUAUCAAUGUAGCUUAUAAUAAAUUAUGA